AUAAUAACAAAUAAAAAUAAGAAAAAUGAGAUUUAUAAGACCGAAACUAAUUACAUUUGAUAUAACAGGUACUUUAUUAAAAACAGAUGUGAAAAAACAUUAUGUAGAGGUUGGACUCGAACAUGGGAUUAUUGUUGAUCCUGUGAAACUGUCAAAAAGUUUUAAUAUCAAUUUUAAAAAGAUUUCAAAUGAUCAUCCAAUUUUUGGCAAACAUACAGGUUUAGGAUCAGAAAAUUGGUGGAGGUCUGUUGUUUAUGCUGUAUUUAAAGAGCAGGAUUCUAAUAUUUCAGAGGAAAAGUUAACAAAGGUUGCAACAUCAUUGAUAGAACGUUAUCGGAGUAAAAUUUGUUGGGAACCUGUUGCCGGAACAAUUGAAUUACUCGAAUUUCUUAGAAAACAAAAUACAUUACUUGGAAUAAUAUCAAAUUUUGACGAAGGAUUGGAAUCAAUUCUUGAUUCAUUAGAUAUUAAACAAUUUUUUUCAUUUGUUUUAUGUAGUUAUAAAUUUGGAAUUGAAAAACCAAAUCCAGAAAUUUUUAAUGAAGCAUUGAGAAUUUUUAAAGAAAUAAAAAAAAUUAAUAUUCAUCCCGAAGAAGCAUUACACGUUGGUGACAAUGUUGAUCGUGAUUAUAGAGGUGCAAAAAAUGUCAAGUGGAAUGCUUUUUUAAUAAAACAAAAUGAUAAAUCUGAUCUUCUAAUUGAAAAAAAUGAUGUUUUUAGUAAUCUAGAAGAAUUGAGGAGUCGUCUUACAUCUGUUGUAAAAGUCAUAUAAAUCUAAAGCGCAAGCGCGGUUAUGGAGCCCGACGGAUGCUAGUGAUCCUAUAGUGUGAUAAAUUCAACGAGAGAAAGAGAUGCCAGUUUUCUCAGUCAAAUAGAAG